GAUCAUCACACCAGUAGCAAAGUAACGUUGUCCUGGUGUAAACCUGUUUAUCGGGGAAGCUCUGUAUAUUUGCAUACAUUGCAAAAUUCUUGGCUCUUAUCGAGAUAUUAAUUCGCUUUGAAAUGAAAAGUCAUGUUUAACCCGGGUGGUUUUCUUGUUUGUUGGUGGUGGUGAAAGACGUUGAUAUUUUGGGAGGAGGGUACUUUUGUUUGUCCGUAGUGAUUUUUAAAGUGUUUUUGAAUUCUUGUCUGAAAAGUCAACGUGCUCGUGUAAAAAUUUUCAAAAUGUGACUGCAUCUGUAAUGUUGUGGAAGAUUUGCAAAAUCAGGAUCAUAAAAUCGGAGUGACCUUCAUCAAAGGUUUUUUAGUGGAUAUUUCACCGUACUUUACUCUUCAUUAAAAAGCGAGUGUGUGUAUGUACAUAGAAGUAUAUGCAGAUAAUUUGCAUAAUCCAGGAUAAUGUGAUUAGAUGAAGAAAAACAUUAAGGAAUUUGUCGUUUGUGUACUGUGUAAAGUUAAAUACGACUUGCUCAACAAGAAAAUAAGCUAAGAAUAGUUCACAUAUUUAGUUUUUGUAAUUCUGGUCGUCGGUCACCGGUAAAAUGGCGACGAUAAGUGAAAAGGAGAGGAAAAUUUUAUCCGCAGAGUUGCACAGGGUCCCAAAUUUCGGAAUUCCUCGACUCAACCUCGAGAAAGAGUUUGACGUGUUGCAGGAAGUGGGUGAAGGAUGGUUUGCGAAAGUCUUUCUCGUCGAACAUCGCGACAGUCGCACCGAACUCGUCCUUAAAGCCGUUCACAAAGACUCGAUUUCCAAAAAAGACGUGAUUCGCGAGUUCCACCUGAGCUACAACUUGGGGCUUUUGAACAAUGCGAAAGUAUUCAUUCGUACGUUCGACAUUUUGUUCGAGUCCAACGAUUGCUACCUUUUUGCUCAAGAAUAUGCCCACUUUGGAGAUCUCACGGCAAACGUGUCGGACAUCGGGGUGGGGGAAAUUUAUACGAAAAAAGUCGCCAAACAGAUCGCUUCCGCGCUGGAUUUUAUGCAUGAGCAUCAAUUGGUCCACAGGGAUGUUAAGCUUGACAAUGUUUUAGUGUUCCGGAGUGAUUUUUCAAAAGUGAAACUUGCCGAUUUUGGCGAAUGCAGAAAGAAAGGUUCCUUAGUCAUCCGGUUUAAUGAGUGGGUGCCCUACUCUCCCCCGGAAAUCGUAUCCACCGCUCAAGACACGCCGUACCCCGUCGAAUUUCACCAUGACUCUUGGCAAUUCGGAAUUAUGCUUUUCCUCUGUUUGACAGGAAAUAUUCCCUGGCAAAAGGCAGACAAACAGUCGGACCCCAAAUACCAAAUGUUCUCCCUCUGGACCCACUCACAGUUUGGGAAAACUCCAAAAUUCUUCAAAAUCCUCACCUCCAAAGCGAGACGUCUUUUCCGCAAACUUCUCGAACCCAACCCGGCCAAACGGGUGGUCAAUUUGAGUGACGAAAUCGGAAAAUACGUGGACGACAAGUGGCUCACCAAAGUUCCCGAGAAACCCACAGAUUUCGACGAGCUCAACUCGAACAUGUCCAUGCUCAGCUUCCACUCCUCCCUCACCGAUAAGAACAAACUGCUCGCAACCUUGACCCGAUUCGGGGUGGAGACCACGGUCGACCGGAACUUGAAGAAGGAUCGGAUCAAGGAGUGGAUCGCGACGAGUACGAUUGAGGAGGAAGAGGGCGAGGACGAGGAGGGCGAAGGUGACUCGUCAUGGGACAGUCCAGGCAGUGAACAGGCCUCGUCGUCCCAACAUUCGAAAUAGUUAUGACCCGCUUAAAGAAAGGAUAUGCAAAUUACGUGUAAAAUGUUCCUUUACAUGAGACCUGAGUGAUGUGCCAUGGUUUUCUUCGUCAGAUUACGGAAUAAUAGCGAUGGGGGAAGUUGGGGGGCAUGUGGGGACAUUAGACGAGAUUUUGAGAGUUUCUCGUAUUUUGAGAUAGGAAGAGGAGGGGCUCAUUUACAUGGGAAAGAUGCGAUCUUUAUGAAUUUCUGAGGGGGCAAUGUCCCCUGUCCCCCUGCUUCCGCCGCCACUGAAUAAUAAGUCAAAUAUGUACGUUGUUAGCUCAGCCUGCGUAGCAUGGAAGCUAAAUACAUAUUCAAUUCCUCGUGUCCGGCCGUCUAUUAAUAAGUUUUAGUUGCAUAUAUUUAUUUACCUAUGCUAAUUAACUAGGAACCGCCCCCCCCCCAUUGAAUAGACGAUUAGUAGCACUAUUCGUAUCGGACAAUCCGUAACGAAACAAUUGGGGGCACAAAAUUAUGUCAAAAUUAAGUCAAAAUUAUUCUCAAAAUUUAUCAAAAUCUAUUUUAUCAUUUAAUUUUACAAAAUUAUGUCAAAAUUAUCAUUACAGGCGUCAAACUACUUCAAAAGUUUCAACGGUUUAUGUAUGUACGUAUUUCAAUGUCACUAUUAUGAUGUCAAAUACUCAAACGCAACCUAUUCCUCCUCCCUCACGAAACAAAAUUAAUGAUCAACUUGAGACUCUCUGUUAAUGAUCUUUUUUAAAAAAUGAGGUCACCACCAACCAGUAGAUGUAAGGUCAAAUAUUUAUUAAGUAAAUAAUGUCGGUUACAUUUUUCUAUUUUAUGAACUCACUACCGAACUGAUUAGUUUGUUGAGACAAAAAAAAGAAACUGUAUGAAAAUGAUUUUGGGUCAAUGGGUUACAUAAGCAAGGCAAAAAAAAGGUGACAAGUGACGUGAAGGAUAAGCAAACAGAUUCGAAAACCAAAUAAUAAUGUGUCCCGAGGUGAUAAUGCUGGAGUUUUUUUUUACAAUUUACCACAAACUGGGUACAUGUAGUUACAUGUAUACACAUGUGUAUGUAUAUUUAGUAAAUUUAGUGGUCCUGACCGCAUUAGAUUUGUAUAAAAUAUGUAAUGCAUGUCCAUAUUUAUGACCUAAUUAUCUUACGCGUCAAGAUACAAAUAUUUGUGUUUCUUUCUAUUUGUUAAAUAUUAAUUGAGAAACUGCUGUGGUACGAUAUUUAUUUAAUUUCUGGUAUGAAAUGUCUUUCCUGGUGCGUUACGUUACGUUAUUAUUAAAUGUGUAAUGAAAUCUUGAGAAUGUUUAAAGUCAAAAAUAAAUUUUUUAAAUGCAUUA